UCCAACUACUUCAGCAGGAUCAGCAACAUCUGGACCUUCCACGCCUACUGCAGCUUCAACUACAUCAGCAGGAUCAACAUCUACUGGACCUUCCACGGCUCCUGCAGCUUCAACUAUGCCAGGAGGAUCAACAUCUACUGGACCUUCAACAGCUUCUGCAGCUUCAAGUACGUCAGGAGGAUCAACAGCUACUGGACCUUCCACAGCUUCUGCAGCUUCAACUACAUCAGGAGGAUCAACAUCUACUGGACCUUCCACAGCUUCUGCAGCUUCAACUACGUCAGGAGGAUCAACAGCUACUGGACCUUCCAUGGCUACUACAGCUACAACUGACUCAAAUUCUAACACUGCUUCAACUAUUAGUAAGGGACAAACUUCUAUUACCAAUGCAGGCCAAACAUCCACACCAGCAACAGCCAGUACUACGGCCAACAAUAUUGCUGCCGGUACCGGACGCCGCCUUCCAUACUGGGCAAUUAUCCUCAUAGCGUUGGCAGCAGCGGUUGCUGCACUUUUAGGCCUAUUUGCCUUAUUUUCGGUCUUGGGUUUAUUUAACUUUGGAAGUUUCCUGUCUCUCGGCGGCUCCAAUGUUCUGCCGACUACCGCGAGCAAUUUUCCCGGCACCUCAAACUGCACAUCAUACUAUCCCAACGAUUCCUAUUGGAACAAUAACCCGGAGCCGGAACACUUUCGUCCACAACCCUGUCCUGACUCCCAACCGCCAAGACAUCCACCAAGGUGCAGCCCACGUGAUGCGCCCCACGGAGGAGAACACCUGCAUCAUAACCCAGGUCACCACAAUAUUAGCCCCAACAACGAUCACACCCAUCCCACCUGUGAAGGAGGACGAGGACACCAUGGAGUAUAA